UCUUUCCUUUACUUCUCGUUUAAACUGUUGAGGGAAGAAGAGAAUUAUAUAUAUAGAUGCUGGAGAUCUUCAAUGACCUAAGUGAAUGUGUUAGUGUGUUCAGAGACAUUAGAUUACGAUUUAUUAAAUUGAAGAUUGGGGAUAGUUUUAUAUUUCUGUAAUAGUGGAUCGGUGUAUGUGAAUUUAACUUGCAUAUUGUGAUUAUUGACUUAUUACGAUUGGAUUAUGCUUAGCCUACAAGUCUGCAAUUAGAGUGAUACUGAAGAUCGGAGAAUCGGAAUCAAACACUCCUGGUGUAAACUGAAGUAACCCACACUGUACAUAGUGCAACGAUGUGUCUUUGUAGCCUAAUGCAUUACACACAGAUGUAUUUAUAUGGAGACACAACGCUUGUUACAAGACAUCACAGUUGCAUCAUUUUUUGUUAGAGUCGAACAACUUUUCAUCAAAUUUUCUUUACUACAACGCAACAAAAAUGAUACUACUGCUUUCCUUAAGUGUUCUUGGACAAUUGAAGGAAAUGAAGAACCCAUAAGCGCUUCUUUCUACAAAGACGACGAUCUAUUUUCUGAAUGUUUUUUGAAAAGUUCAGUUAGCUGUUCAGCUAGGGGAAAUUUUUUCAGCAGAUUUUCUUAUGAUUACCGGAAAGAAGAAAGAAGCAUUUUUAUCCUCAUUGAUAAGAUCGUUGAAUCUCAAAUCGACUCAUACCUGUGCACAAUUCAGUUAAAAGAUGAAACUCUUUUCAGUGAAAAAUUAUCCAUAGAAGCAGGUGCCACUCCUAAAAGUGUCUCCUCAGUGCCAAGAGAAGAGACCAUUCUUUCCUCACAGCCGUUGGGUGCCACUCCUACUAGUGUCUACUCAGCUCCAAGAAAGACAUUUGGUGCCACUCCUACAAGUGUCUCGUCAGUGCCAAGAGAAGAGACCAUUCUUUCCUCACAGUCGUUGGGUGCCACUCCUACUAGUGUCUACUCAGCUCCAAGAAAGACAUUUGGUGCCACUCCUACAAGUGUCUCGUCAGUGCCAAGAGAAGAGACCAUUCUUUCCUCACAAUCGUUGGGUGCCACUCCUACAAGUGUCUCGUCAGUGCCAAGAGAAGAGACCAUUCUUUCCUCACAGUCGUUGGGUGCCACUCCUACUAGUGUCUACUCAGCUCCAAGAAAGACAUUUGGUGCCACUCCUACAAGUGUCUCGUCAGUGCCAAGAGAAGAGACCAUUCUUUUCUCACAAUCGUUGGGUGCCACUCCUACAAGUGUCUCGUCAGUGCCAAGAGAAGAGACCAUUCUUUCCUCACAGUCGUUGGCAGGUGCCACUCCUACAAUUGUCUCCUCAGUGCCAAGAGAAGAGACCAUUCUUUAUUCUCAGACAUUGGGUGCUGCUCCUACAAGUGUCUCCUCAAAUCCCAUAGGAGAAUCCACAACACUUUCCUCUGAGACAAAAAGCAUUCUUUAUGCUGUUGGAAGUUUUGGAGCAGCAUUGGUUCUUUUCAUUGUAUUUUUAGUGGUUAGAAAAUGUGGAACCAAAAAGCAUACAACGAUUAACAUAGCUUAGCUUUGCUGCAAAGCCAUUGGAGCACUGACUGAAAGAAGAAGAAAGACUCCAAGAUGAUGCAGACCUUUUACUUUUUUUUUUUUUUUUUUUGUAACUGAAAUACUAAAAAUAAAAUUUACAAAAAGAUCAUUGUGUUAUUAGCAAAUUUACACCUUGAUUUGUUUACUUAUAAAAACAAUUCUAAUUGAUUUUUUAAAGCUCUACAUUUUCAAACUCAUUAAUAUUUUAUUGGUUUUUUUUUUAGGGAGAGAAGUUAUUACAAUACCUGUAAAGCAAUUAUCAAUAUUAGAAUGCUCAGACUGCCUGGACCACAUAGAAAGCUUACAAAGUCCUCUCAUCUAAAUGCAGAAACAAUAGUGCCUUGCAUGCAUUUUGUGUGUAUGAGUGCAGUUAAACUCAUGCAAUGUCAUGAAAAUAUUAAAUAUAAUUAAUUCUACUUAAUUUAAAAAGAAUUCAGCUAUUUCUUAUUUGAGUUGCUGCAAUCUCCCCAUUUUUAAAACAUUUGUGUGAAAAAUUUUCAAUAUCUUUUCCCAUCACUUUUUUUUUUUAUUUUUUUAUUUACUUUCUUAGCUUGUUGUUACUAUUACCAUUACUAUUUAAAAACAAAUGCUAAGUUUAAACUAAAUCUUCAAUUGGCUUUUUAACGAAAUCUCUGUUUAUGUAAAUAUAUUUGUUUUUACAUUUACUGAUAAAUAUAUGAAUGUGUAUGUCUACACUUAUUUCUCACUUUCUGUUUUUGAUAAACAGGUUGUCUGGAUUUAUCAGAUAACUAAGUUUCUGAUACUUGGGCUUAAAACUUUCUGAAUUAUUAACCAUUUGACAUUUUUGAAGCAAGACUUGACUAAGCAUUAGAUAUCUUGUCCGACCUGAUUUUUAUUUAUUGAAAUGCAGUCAUUAUUUUUUAUAAUAUUGGAAUAUUAUAUAUCAUUUUCCAUCUCUAUGCAACACUCAUUUUUUAUCUCUUGUGGUGUUAGCUGAAAACUAAACAGUCUCAUAAAAUUAUUUUGUAUAAAAGAAUGUUUAGGCACAAUGUAGCUACACUAAGUUAGCAUAACUUUUUUUCUUUUGGCUUAACAUGUUUUUUAAAUUCAGCUAAUCCCUCUCUUUUUUUUUUAAAUCUGUUUAGUAUAUUUUAAAUUUGCAAAAUGGUAUCUAUUACAAAUCAAAUUGUUUUAACUUGCACCAAUGCAGACUACUUUGAUUAACUUAGAACAGGCUGACCCAAGUUAAACAUACCUAAAUUGAUCCUUUUUAAAUUACAUCUGACUUGUCAAUAUAUCUCUUAACCAUGAUUUAAAGGAAUAUCCUUUAUGGAAUUGGUCAGAACAUCCAAUAUAACAUCCAAUUUAUUAAUAUCACAUUCAACUGUUUAAAUAAGAUAAGAAAACAAUAAAUUGCAGAUACCAAUCUGCAAAUGACCACAUUAAAUGAAAACUUUAUGUAAAUUCAUUUUUCUAAAAAAAAAAAUAUAAAGAAUAUUUAUAUUAUUAUUUAUAUUAUUUUUAAAAAUGUCUUUAUUUAAUCUUACAUAUUUAUGUCUUAAGUGUGUAUAACAUUGAUGUAAAAAUGUAUUUAUGUACAUAUUAAUAAUCAUGUCAUUGUCUUUGCGAAAUUAAUCAAUAAAACCUUGCUUUAUUUA